AUUUCCGAUUUUUCUAACCUGGCCAGCCAUUCUCGAUAUUUCCGGUCAGUGACUGUUAAGCAUUCUCCUUGCUCCAAAGAAGACCGUCCGUCCCACCAAGGUCCUCGAGUUCAUGAGUAUAACACAAUCCUCUGUCCUUAUGGAGACAAGGCUACCGGAAGAUAAAUUUCACAAUGCCCGCCUUAUGCUUGUUUCGUGGUCCUCUAAAAGAACCUUUCGUCUGUGUGACCUUCGGUCCCUCAUUGGAACUCUACAGUUUGCCUGUCGAGUUAUCUCCUAGAGUCACCUCCUCAUGCAACGGAUCAUCAAUCUCACUUGAGGGGUCUGCAACCCGGGGCACUUUAUUUCCCUCAACCAAGAGUUGGACAUCCGUAUGUGGCAACUCUUCCUUGAACACGGGAAUGUGGUCAGCCGUUUUUUUCCCCUUUCACUGAGCCUUCCUCUCAAAUUCACAUUUUUGCAGACACUGCUGGCUGAAUUGGCUACAGCAGGGAUCCAUAUUGGUAUUUUCUCAAAGUCGUCAGCCGGGCAAGUAUGUCAGAUGACAUACUUGCCCAGGCAAAAUUUUACUUCCUCGUUCACAUACCGUGUGAUGCACUUUUGAAAGGAUUCAAUAUGGUGGAACAAUGUUGGGAUAAAAACUGGGCUUAAACAAUCGUAAAGAUCAUUGUGACUGAGGCAUGCAAUCAUUUACAAUGGAAAAUAAAACGAGAAACUGAAACACCUAAAUUGAUUGCAUGUUAAUUAUAAAGGUAGAAGUUUCCUCACUUACAUAUCAGUCCUGCGGCUUGCCUCCUGUGGCUUUCUUUCUUGCUUUCUUGCUCUCUUUUCUUAAUUAAGGUCCUUAAGUGUAUGACACGAGGGCUGGCAACAACUGCUCGAAACUAAGUUAUCGUGUGCUUAAUAGCAGAGAUCAAAUAAAUGACUUAAUUGUAAUCAUGUCAAAAAACGGAAACGUGGCGGUUAAGUAAAGACUACAAUAGACCGUUCAGCGGUCGUUACAAUGCUUCACAAAUCACGUCAGUUUCUUUUGGGCCAAACUUCUUUUUGUCCAUUUGCUUAGUGGCCUUCUGUUUCUUUUCUUUGAUUUACUUCUUGAAAGGAAUAAAAUAUUAAGUCAUGUUAAUAAUUUAGUUUCCUCUGUUUUUUUUAUUUUUUAUUUUUUGUUUCAUGUGGAUGUUGGGGAUCCAAUCAGAGGCGCCACCUGAGUACGUUAAAGUUGGUUGCUUUCAGGAUAGACCUCAACUAAGAGCCUUGCCAUCGCUUUUGGCCCUCUAUCAUACAACAAUAGACUGGAACACUGAUUUAAGUUAUAUUGUCAAGAAAUGUGCGCAAGAGGCGAAGAAAAUGAAUUAUAUGUAUUUUGGUGUCGAGUCAUUUUGGGAAUGUUGGAGUGGAGAUACUACCCCUAUGACGUAUGACCGCCAUGGAAGAUCUUCUCAAUGCACUGUAACCGUUGGUAGAGCAGACACAAUUAUGGUCUACAGAUUUGUAGGAGAUGAAAAGGAGUGUCUAAACUAUGCCAUACUUAGUGCAGCUAGUCGCUCCACUACUUAUCGGCUCCCCCUAGGAAGCGCGCCAACUUGUGACAAUGGUCUCCCACCUGGAUGGUACCGCUUCUUAAAUCCAGCGGGCGAUAAAAUGGCUUCCUCGUGUCUUCCAAGUGGAAGAUGCGGAACCGUGAUCACUGGUUGGCUAGAAACGCCGGUUGCUAGUCCAAAAGCGGCUGAUGGGAUUGUAAGUGGCAAAGUCUGCUUCAGAUGGGGAUCAAACUGCUGUCAGUGGUCUCAAAACAUCCAUCUACGAAACUGCGGAAGGUUCUUUGUGUAUAAACUGGGAAAAACGUUUGCUUGUCCUAUGGGCUUCUGUGGGAUAACUUCUUCAGCUGAUGGUGGUUGGUCAUCCUGGGGAGACUGGAGCAGGUGUACUCUGACGUGUGGUGGUGGAAAUCAAACUCGACAGCGGUCAUGUACCAAUCCUCCUCCGCAAUGGGGUGGCCAUGAUUGCCAAGGAUUGCUUUCCGAGUCCCAGUCAUGCAACACAAACAGUUGUCCCAUUGAUGGUGACUGGAGCAAAUGGAGCCAGUGGAGUAUCUGUACUAAGACCGUCAGUGGCAUACAAACAAGAACAAGAGAAUGUGCUAAUCCAGAGCCAGCACAUGGUGGAAAGAAAUGCAAUGGAACCAGAGCAGUCGUGAGGGAGUGCAGUUACAUGUCCAGCUGCCAUGAAGCAUUUCCACUACGCUUUCAGUCAGCGGAGAACCCAUCUCGGGGCAUAAUGGUAAUCUACAAAAAUGGUAGCUGGCAAAAACUUUGUACCAGAAGUUGGGAUACAGAUGAAGAAACUUUGACUUGCAAGGCCAUGGGUUACUCUAACAAUAUUGGUUAUGGUAAUGGUACUUGGUACACAGACAGCAACAAUGCCUCAGACGCAAUCCACGAUAAUUGUACAACACUGACAGAAUGUGGAAGUAACAUUGAUAAGAAAACGCAAUUAUGUACAGGUACUUGGGUAAAAAUUAUUAUCCCCCUUCUGCCUUUCUUGGUUUUGGACAGUACUAAAAUUCAUCGAAUGAGCCAUAACCAACCUAAGGGAUGUUAGUCCAGAUCCCAUUUGAUUUGUUUUAGCCCACCUUGCCUAAUGAUUCUUCCAAAGUCGAUUGCCAUGCAACAACCCUUGAUGGAAGCUU